CUCGCGAUAGGUCACGAUCUCGGCUUUAUCUAAUCGAUAACACCUGAAGCUGGGCACCUGCAUAUGGCCGCCUGCUCCCCCUUUUUCGGGCUCUGCUUCUUCUUCUUGCUCCUCUUUUUCAACUAAAGCCAAAUCUACGAGUUCGUCUUCUUCCUCUCUACUUGUAUCCCCCCUCUCUUGUAAUUUGACAUUUUCCAAGCUCCUCCUGGACAUACAUAAGCAGAUCAUCGCCUGUCACUCGUUAUCGGCCAUUAGCCAUCAGAGCAGGUCACACCCCUCCCCAAUCACCAGCCUUCACCACCCACCGCCGUCCUUGACGUCUGGGUCCAGCUUUCCCGCCCUUUCAAACAUCACAUCAUCUUCUUCCCCCAUUAGACCAGCUCUACCCGCCCCCUUCCUGCAUACCUUCCCUUUACCCUCCCACUUCCCCCCCACACUUGGGUUCACCGUCCCCCUCCUUUAUACUGGCUACAACCGAACAUUCCUACUCUGCAACUAUACAUCAUCACUUCACCGCUUUCCACGACGUGCUUGGGACAACGACUGUCGUGCGAACUAAUCGCUCCCUGAACUAUUCAUCGAAAUAUUAUCGUCCUUUUAUACCCUGGUGGACACUUAGUUGCUUCACUCGACAACUCGACCUAUUCAGAUAGCUUCCCUCCACGGCUCUACUCCUAGCCUGAGCCCAGACUCGUUGCCUUGACGGUUCCCUCGUUCUUCCGCCUCCUCACUGUACGAUCAUCACGCAUCUCGGCUCCCCUGAUGGGCCUCUCGCUGAGUCCAAGGUCUCUAUUCUUGCUGCGGUAGUUGUGGUUGACAGAGCGUGGGUGUGCCCGUUGGAUUUCGGAGCUUCGUCUGCGGCAUAUCAGAACCCAGGUGGCGCAGCCACUCGGCGACAGCCAUGGCAUCUCAACAUUCACGGAGGUCACGCGAGACCACCCGCCCAGAAAUGACCAUCGGUCCCUAUACACGGCAUAACAAGAUCGGACAAGGGAGCUUCGCGACGGUCUACCAAGGUGUACAUACGAAAACCCGCACCUUUGUAGCCAUCAAGUCCGUCAACCUAUCGAAGCUGAACAAGAAGUUGAAGGAUAACCUUUCCUCCGAAAUUGACAUCCUGAAAGGUCUCCAUCACCCGCAUAUUGUCGCCCUUAUCGAUUGUCAUGAGUCUACAUCGCAUAUUCACUUGGUCAUGGAGUUCUGUGCUCUCGGGGAUCUCUCGGCUUUUAUCAAGAAGCGAGACACUCUAUAUGACCAUGCAUCUACCCGAGAUAUGAUUGCGAAAUAUCCAAAUCCACCCGGCGGAGCCCUGAACGAGGUCGUUGUUCGACAUUUCCUCAAACAGCUAUCUAGCGCCCUUCGCUUCUUGCGUGACCGGGACCUCAUUCAUCGAGAUAUCAAGCCUCAAAAUCUCUUGCUUUGUCCAGCGCCAGCCUCAUACCGGUGUGGAUCGUCCCAGUCCGUUCCGUACAAAGGCAGCGAUAAUUCCUACGAACCGACAACGGGUUUGGAGACGCUACCGAUGCUCAAGAUUGCUGAUUUUGGAUUCGCUCGGUCCUUGCCUGCCACUUCGCUGGCAGAAACGCUGUGUGGUUCGCCAUUGUACAUGGCACCCGAGAUUUUGCGAUAUGAGAAGUAUGGUGCCGAGGCUGAUCUGUGGUCGGUUGGCACGGUCCUUUAUGAGAUGGUGGUGGGACGACCUCCUUUCCGGGCCACGAAUCAUGUCGAACUACUUCGGAAGAUUGAGAAAGGGGAAGAUCGAAUACGAUUUCCUGAGGAGAACCCGGCAUCGGAUGACAUGAAGAAGUUAAUCCGCGGGCUGUUGAAGCGAAACCCUGCGGAGCGGUUGAAUUUCCCCGAGUUCUUCAACAGCAAUGUCAUCACGGAACCCAUUCCAGGUUUAAUCGCUGAUGACUUGCCCCGAGACCGUCGGCGUACAUCUGCAGAUCUCGGACGAGGACCGUUGCCGUAUCGAACCGACUCUCGACCAAGUCAAAUUGAUACCGAUGCUGGGAGGGAUUCGCCUUACACCACUGAUCAGGAGGAACGCAUUACAUACCCGCCUCCUCACCGGCCGAGGCCCACGCGUGAAAAGACCGAUACUCCACCGAGUGCUUCACCUAUGCGUCGGAUAGGAAGCGCCGACCGGCCAUCAACCGGUGCUCUGAGAGAGACCACGCGGGGUGGUACGCCGCCACAGCGGCCUAGUGCAAUCACUCACGCAACGGCACCCGGCCGACAGGAGCUCAUGGAUCGAAAUACGCCAACGGCAGCUAUGGAGCGACAGAGAAGCCGGAAAACGUUUUCCGGAACGUCAAAGCCCGUCCAGGAUGAUCGAACGGUGGAGGAGCGUGAGCGAGCUGCUCAAGAGGUGGCAUUUGAGCGGGACUACGUGGUAGUUGAGAAACGGGCGGUUGAAGUUAAUGCAUUCGCGGAUGAGUUGGCGCAUAGCCCCCGGAUCCAAGGCGGCUUUGCUCGUGGCCCAGGAAGCUCUGCACCUCGUCGCGCGACUACUCAGGGGCUUCCUACUGUGGCCUCGACUUCUCCACAUUACGUGUCCAAGGCUAUGCAGGUCAUUCCUGGCCGCGCGCGAGCCGACUCACUUCACCAACGCCAACAUUCAUAUGAGCGACGAUAUGGACAGAGCCCGACGUCAGCGACAUCUGCGAUCUCCAAAGCUCUCAAUAUGGCGAGCGGUCGAUUGUUUGGAAUGGGUUUCUCGCCUCCCUUGGCUAUCAACAAGGGCGGGCGGUCACCGCCCCUAGCUUACAAUCCUUUCCCAGCCUACCCAGCCGCACAAGCAAGUUUGCUGCUCAUGGGCGAUGGAGCCAAGACCAAUGCCGCUGUCGAUGAGGACUGCAGGACGGUCCAGAUCAUCGAAGAAUGUGCAACCCGUAGUGAUGUUGUCUAUGGGUUUGCGGAGGUGAAGUAUAAACAACUUAUACCACUGGCUCCAUCAGCCUCGACAGACCCAUCUGUACGACACAUCAUUGGUGGCGCUGAGGAUCCUAGUGAAUCCACCGAUGAUGGACUAACGAUCGACGCUAUCGUGACCCUUUCCGAGGAAGCCCUAGUCUUGUACGUCAAGGCUCUAUCUCUACUGGCGAAGUCCAUGGAUAUUGCAGGUGCUUGGUGGACGCGCAAGAACCGAGAGGAUACCUACGGAGACACGUCACAUCGCACUGAUAACAGCGGACUCGCCGGCGCUCGAAUUAAUAACGUGGUGCAAUGGGUCCGAAGCCGGUUCAACGAGGUUCUGGAGAAGGCCGAGUUUGUGCGUCUGAAGCUUAUCGAAAGCCAGAAGCGACUACCUCUCGAUCAUCCUGGUCAUCCGGAUAACCAUUCGGUGGGGUCUACUGUUGCAUCGAGCGGAUCAGCUGAUGUGGUCGUGAGUGCUGGAGUGACGGCGGAAAAGCUGAUGUACGAUCGCGCAUUGGAGAUGAGUCGGACCGCAGCUAUCAAUGAGUUGACCAGCGAUGAUCUUGCCGGAUGUGAAAUCGCCUACGUUACUGCCAUCCGUAUGUUAGAAGCAGUGCUGGAGGAUGAUGGAUUGCACUCGUCUUCGGGUCAAUCUAGCAAUCACCAGCACUCUUCUCAUGGCGAUAAGGGGUCGGUGGAUGGCCUGCAAGGGGAGGACCGUCAGGUGGUGGUCAAGUUGGUCUCUAGCAUGCGCGGUCGCCUGGCCGCUCUUAGGAAAAAGCUGGCGCUUUUGGCAAAGCGAACCACCCCGACUAUGAACAGUGGUCGAAUGCCAUCGUCGAAUCUAGUUCCUGUAACACAUGCGACAGGCGCAACGCCACCGCGAUGAAGCUUCAGACAACGACCCCUUCCGUCCGCUCGUAUCCCGCGCAUUCUCUUUCCUCCAGCCUUUUGACUGCUAGGCCAUAUAUAAACCGCGUCCUUUUACGCAUUCGUCCCUUUUUAACGUUACUUAUUUCCAUCUCCCCGGGUGAGGAGAUGCUAAUUCUUUUCAUGUUCAUGUCGUUGAUUCAUGUCCAAAUUUUCAGUGCGCUGCCAUAUAUCCCACUGCACGAGGGGGAAGCGGAGUUUUUUUGAUUCGUCUCUGCUUCACUCUCCUUCUCUCCUUGUUUUGUUCCUUCCUUUUUGAUUGGGUUGCUUCCAUUGGCGUUACUCUUGCGGGGUUACGAUGAUAUACAGACUGGUACUUUACUCUUUUUGAUCCUUUUUUUCGCGCGAAUUUUUGAACUGCACAAGAUCAGGGAGUUUUUGGAGGGCAUUCUGGUCAUGGAAUGGGCGGUUGGAUUGGAUUGCAUGUGACGCAGAUUUAGAUGAGAUGCCCUUGAUCUUGGAUGAAAUUGACAUAGUUUCAAUAAAACUCUCCAAAUCUAGUGAUGUAUGCUGCAUGAGGGCGAAAGAGUAGGUGAUAGGAUGCUUGUGAGUAUUCUUUUCCUUUCUACAUCUUGUCAUCAAGCUCCCUUUCUUGAAUAUACAAGGGCGAUUCUCGAAUGAUCUACAAUGAAAGUAAGACGGUCCCUACAUGAUCAUUUCUUGAUUGAUCCUUGUCA